AUGCUUUCUAAAAAAAAAAGAACACCAAAACUUCUAGAACUAUAUCCGGAAAAUAAAGAGCUAAAGAGUCUUAAAAGAGAUAUAAAGACAACAGAAAAAUGCUGUCGAAAACUCAAAAAACUUGCAAAUUUGAGAGAAACUACAACUGACAGAGAAGACUCAACAGACAAGCUAAAAACACAAGAUGAAAAGGAGAAAACAAAUACUAGAACUGAGCUUAAGCUAUAG